UCUCUCGCCAGUUGUGUUUGGUUCAAUGCAAACGAUCCCUUUCGUGCUUGUUGUGGGUGUCUGAGAUGUUGCCCAUUGCUUUAUCUUUUGGGCAUAUUUGGUUAAUUGCUGAGAAGGUUCUUCCCAUAUUGAAGCAAAUUAGGUUUCUUUAGUUUAUCUUAUUCCAUAUAGGAUGCAGCUUGACGAACGGAUGCUGAACAUUUGCUUUCAAUCUUUAACUAAGGACUAUGGGGACCUUCUUUAUAUUGCUUGUCGUUGGGAGAAAUGUAAUGCUCUACCUGCCUUCUUAAGUGGGGAAAGGAGCUAAACCUAUGCUAAUUUGCUGCUGCAGUUUUUGUCGUUCAGAUCCUACCUUUUGUUGCCGCUUGCUCUAAAAAUGAUAACACAUACUUUGAGAGCAGAUAAGUUUUCGGAUAUCGGUUUCGUGCCAUGUAAAAGGUUCCCUAUAUCUAUUCUUCCUUUUAAUCUCUGACUGGAACUUGCCACUGAAUGUUUUGAUCAUAUUUCCCUAAUUGACGUGGAUCAUUUAAAUCUGACUAUUACUACCAAGUAGUUGCAUAACAUGAUGCCUCUACAAACUGAGGAAGUCUAGGAUUUCUGUGGUUUGGUGAGCUGCUUUGGAGAAUAGAUGGCUCAUUACUGCCCCCUACAGUGUCUGGUCGAUUUUAAUUGUAGUCUGUGUCUUUAAAUUCUUGUAUUUAGUCCUUUUAAAGAUCUUACAAUCACAUUUUCCGUUGUUAUGUUGAUGGUGGUAUCUUGACAGUUUAAUGCUUUCAAGUGAAUUGCCACUGUGUUUUCGUAUUUGGAUAGGAGAUCUCUGCCCUUUUUUAGACCUAACAAGAUAUUUCUGAUGAGUCAAGAUUCCUGAGACUGUGCUCAAAUCUUUUUCCCAGCUGGUUAUGUUCAUAAAAUGUUGUCGUGUUUCCUCCAGUUUUUGUGUUGUUUAUGGUACAAUCUAUAUCCGAUUGUCUAUGCUGGUGUGUUAUCAAGUCGUAUCUGAUGGGGAAAAGUGAUUAAUUGCAAAUCCAAAUAAGUCCCUUUAAUCUCUGCCUGCCACUUUAUUGGACCAAUAGUAAGAAUUAAAAGAAGCUUCAGUUUGGAAAUUGCAGAUGGGUAAAUGAGCUUUGGCUAUAAGGGUUCUGCUCACAGUAAGCAUUUUUGUGAGCAGGAUAAUUUGAUCUUAGAAGGGGCAUUGAUGGCUAAUCCACAUUCAACGAACUCAAUCGUCUCUUUCGGUUCAUCGGAACAAAGGGGAACAGAUAUGGCAGAUGCUAUCCCGGCUCUGCAAUCUCCUCUGGGUUGCCAAAACUGGAGUAGCUCUGACGGUCCAGUAGCUAUCCUUUGGGACAUCGAGAAUUGCCCUGUUCCAAGUGAUGUCCGUCCCGAAGAUGUAGCUGGUAAUAUCAGAAUGGCUUUGCGUGUGCAUCCCAUAAUUAAUGGAGCUGUCAUGACAUUCUCUGCCUAUGGAGAUUUCAAUGCUUUCCCAAGGCGUCUAAGAGAAGGAUGCCAAAGAACCGGUGUAAAGCUUGUCGAUGUUCCAAAUGGGAGGAAAGAUGCUGCUGAUAAGGCUAUCUUGGUUGACAUGUUCCUGUUUGCGCUAGACAAUCCUCCACCAUCAUCUAUAAUGCUCAUAUCUGGAGAUGUCGAUUUUGCCCCUGCUCUCCACAUACUCGGGCAACGUGGAUACACCAUAGUCCUCGUUAUCCCUUCUGGUGUAGGUGUUUCCUCUGCUCUCUGCAAUGCUGGUAAGUUUGUGUGGGACUGGCCUUGUGUAGCACGUGGGGAAGGGUUUGUUCCCCCGGCUAAGGUUAUAACUGCCCCACGUGGAGGACAAUGUGACAUCGCAGGAUACUUCAUGGGGUGUCACAUUACUGAAUACCAGGACUGUACUAAUGAGGAGGAAGCAAUUGUGUACAGGGGGAUUUCACAUAGCUACUGCAACUCAAGGGACUAUUCAUUAAUAUCGCAGUCCUUAUCCGAGUACAACAGCACAACUAUUGGAAUGCCUUGUUUUGCCUCAACAUCAAGAUCUCAUAGUCUUCCAACUGGUUUGAAUGAAGUUGCGGCUGGAGGACCGAUUUCUUUGGCUGAUCAAAAUGAUUCAACAUUGUUUGUACAGCCAGGGGAUCUGAAUGGACUCAAAGGGCAGCUUGUAAAGUUGCUAGAACUUUCCGGAGGAUGUUUGCCUCUGACCCGUGUGCCUGCAGAGUAUCAAAAGGUUUUUGGUAGGCCUCUCUAUGUGUCUGAAUAUGGUGUAUUUAAGCUUGUGAAUCUUUUCAAGAAGAUGAAUGAUGCAAUGGCCGUGGAGGGAAAAGGCCAAAAGAAGUUUGUCUAUCUCCGCAACUGGAAGGCAGGACACAGUGCACCUGCUUUGGUUUUGACAAAGAAAGAUAAGAAAGGAAAAGGGCCUCAGGAAGAGACCGACGCCAUUGUGGGUGCCGGCUCUUCAGAUGAGUUAUCAGAUGAAGAGCAACUGGAAUGUGAAGAGAGGAGCGUCCAAGGGAAGACUAGCGCCAGAAGCGGUUCCCCAUGUGACCUUGAUGCUCGAAGUCUUGAGCAGUUCAAGCAUGAGCUGCAAGAGAUUCUAGUAAGCUAUUCAUGUCGCAUUUUCUUGGGUUGCUUCGAGGCAAUAUACAAACAACGUUAUAAGAAACCGCUCGAUUACCAAAAGUUUGGUGUGGAUGGGCUGGAGGAGCUCUUCAAGAAGUUUGGGGAUGUGGUAACCUUGCAUGAAGAACCUCUAAGCAAGAGGAAAUUCUUGGCGGCAGCUGGAUGCUAGGAGAACAAGAUGCCUGUCAAAACUCUUGUAAACUACAUUAGUUUUAAGUUAACCGAACCAUGCUUACGAUCCUGAAAUUUCCUCUUUUUUCUUUUCAUUCUUCCUUCUUUUUUGUCCUUGGGUGUCACCCGAAAGU